UCACCAUUGUAGUUCUCCCUAAUUGUCGUCUAAUUGAACUGAAGGAUACAAGGAGCCUUGCCACAUCUCGAGCUCUGUUCAGUUCAGUGCGAUUGAGGAAAGAUGGCAACUCGGCUUCAGAUGGCUGUGGAUGACUCAGUCCUCUUGCGUGUCACUCAUUCCAACCUCAAGACCUUCUCUGCCAGUGUUCGCUUCUCCCUUCAGUCUACAGUAGAAUCUGUAAAAGAGAAGCUGUGGAGGAAAUGUGGGACAUCAGUUAAUUCAAUGUCCUUGGAGCUUUAUGAUGACACUAACUCCAAAAUUUCUGAUUUAACUGAUAAUUCCAGACCCCUUGGUUUUUAUUCUCCUCUUGAUGGGUUUCGGCUACAUGUAAUAGAUCUUGACCCUUCGUCAGUAACAUCGGGUGGAUGGCUGGAAGACACUUCAUUGGUGGAGAAAUACACAAUUUCAGAAGAGGACUAUGACAAACGCAGUGGCACUUUCAGAAAAUUUAAAGAAAAAUUGGUCUCUCAAAAUCCAUCAGCCUUUGAGCCUAAGAUAACUGACAACUACGUGGAAGACCUUUGUGCACAUAUCAAGGUGGGAGACAGAUGUGAAGUUGAACCAGGGGAGAAAAGAGGGGUUGUCAAAUUUGUUGGUCGAGCAGAAUCUCUUGCACCAGGUUUUUGGGUUGGAGUUCAAUAUGAUGAACCAUUGGGGAAACAUGAUGGCAUGGUGAAAGGAGUACGCUACUUUGACUGCCCUCCACUUCAUGGUGCAAUGGUUAGGUCUGAUAAAGUAAAGGUUGGUGACUAUCCAGAAAGAGAUCCCUUUGAGGAUGAAGAAAUAUGAACUAGAGAUGGCAAAAUUGUCCUUUUCCUGUAUGCGUUUCAUAAUCAUCACAUUUUUUUAGUGUGAGAAUUGUGUAAGUUCAAUUAUUAUUAUUAUUUUUGAGGGCAAGGGGUAGGGUGUUGGUGUUUGUAUCUGAGCAUCUGAGUAUCUGAGCAAUGUUUUUGUAUCUGAAAAUGGCAGAAUAUGAUGAAUUACUCUUC